AUGAAUCCAAUUUUUAGUAAUGAAUUGUUGCAUGUAGGUGGCAGGCUUACAAAGGCUCCAUUAAGACAUGAUAACAAGCAUCCAUUUAUUUUGCCAAGUAAACACCAUGUUACAGAUAUGAUCAUCAGAGAUUGUCAUGAGAGAUUUGGACAACACAGACUUAGAGAACUUUAUUGGAUAGUUAAGGGUAAUAGUGCUGUGCGUAGGGUUAUCAAAGGUUGUAUUAAGUGUCGCAAGUACCAGCAACAGAUGGGAGAUCUUCCAGAAGGUAGGAUCUCUGCCAACCAACCACCUUUCACUACAACUGGUGUAGAUUUGUUUGGUCCAUUCUAUACUAGGAAGGCAAGCUCUCAGGUGAAGAAUUAUGGUGUAAUAUUUACAUGCUUAACUAUAAGAGCAGUACACGUAGACAUUGCAGGAUCAUUGUCCACAGACUCAUUUAUUAAUGCUCUAAGAAUAUUCAUAGCUAGACGAGGGCAAGUGAAAUCUUUGUAUCGUGAUAGGGGCCUUAACUUUGUUGGAGAAGAUAGAGAAUUAAAGGAAGAAUUGGACGCAAAUGAAGUGUACAGUAAGCGAAGAUGGCGUCAUAUUCAGUACAUGGCUGACUUAUUCUGGAAGAUGUGGAAUCAGGAGUACUUGCUAACUCAACGGGAAGGACAAAAGUGGUUUGUGAAAGGCAGAAAUUUAACUAGUGGUGAUGGGUUAGUAAGAAGUGUAACUGUCAAGUGUGGAAAAUCGUUUAUGACUCGACCUAUAUCGAAGUUGAUUCUCUUGUGUGAAAAUGAUAGUAAUUGA